AUGACGAGAAGUGACGACUUGGAAAUGACAUGUAUUCAACGUGGAGAGAAGCUUGAGCAGAUGAGGACCAUGAUGGACGAACAAGAGUUGGAAAUGAGUCAAAAGAUCGAACGCGUGCAGCAGUACGUAAAGGAAAGACAAGCAUCAGCUCUGGCGGCUGAGAAGAAGCAACAGGAUGCGGAGAAGAUGGCUGAGCGGUGGCAAAAUGAAGUGAGACGAUGCCAGGCAGAGAAAGAACGACUUUCUAGCCUGGUGAUGGAGCUGGAAGGCCGUCACACCGGACAAACCGAACAGUGGCAGAGUGUGGUCGAGCGACACCGACGGGAGGUCAAUGCCUUGGAGGAUGCGCUUAGAAAGCAAGAGUUCGAGAUGAAGGAAGCGAACACUGAACUGCUUUCGAAGCGGGACGAGGAGCACCAUGCAAAGGUUGUUCUUGAGAAGCAGCGGGAGAAGGAGCGGUCCAUUGCCCUUUUGAAGAAGAAGGAACAGGAGGUGCACAUCAAGGACCAGCAGCUGCGAGCAGCCAAGCAACGUGUCCAGGAGCUUGAAAGCGGGCUUCAAGCGACACCCACAGGAGGAGGCCCUUCUGGCCUUGAGCCAAGAGAAGCUCGUGGUGAAACAAGCCUUCCACCUCUACUAUCUGCUCGGUGA